AGGUCACAGCUUGUUCUUAUCUAAAUUACUACUAAUUCUCUGCUGUUUCCAGUUUUGAUUGUGGGAAUUUGUUAUAUAUUUAAUUCUUUUCCCUCGUUUUCAAUGCAAUUUCUUCCUAAUUUCACCAACUAUUAUGUUGCUUUCAAUGAAGAAUGCGCAAGCUUAAACUAUGCCCAUAACUCUUAGAUAGAGACUAAAACGGCAUAUACCCAUUUCUGAGAAAUGUGUGUAUCAAGUUAAAAAUCGAUGGUGUAGGUGUAGGACCCAAGUUUCAGCUAAUAAAUCUUGUACAAGAGAAGUUAGCGGUGAUAAAAUCUUCCAGAGGUGAAACACCGCUUAGGAAGAGUUCCCGAGAGGUGAGCUCGAGCUUCUCUGUCUUCUGCUUCUUUUCUCCAGAAUUUGGCCUUUCAGCAAUCUCAGGAGUCGUUAAUUUCUGCUCUGAAGCGGCUACAUAAUUUCUCUUCUUCAUCCUCACUGUCUGUAUGUUAUCUCUAACUCUCUCUGCCUGUCAGCUUGUUGUCUCGCUUCUCCUUUCUCUUUCAUACCACAUAUGACGUUGAGAGAGUUUGUACUGCAAUUUUUUAUUUCGUUUUUCCAAUUUUCCACAUUUGAGCCUGCAUAAGCUGUUGGUUCCCAAAGGUUAAGGAGUGCUGCGCACUUGUGAUUGUUGAGUUGAAGAAAAGGGUGUUGGAAGAUUUUACAUCCAUGAGAAGAUCAGGUGUAAACCAACCAAAAGUCAAGCGUCUUGUUGGAAAAUAUGAAAUGGGUCGAACAAUUGGUGAAGGUACAUUUGCAAAAGUGAAAUUUGCCAAAAAUUCUGAGACUGGGGAACAUGUAGCGAUAAAGAUCCUUGACAAAGAGAAAGUUCUGAAGCACAAGAUGGCUGAACAGAUAAAGCGGGAAAUUGCCACGAUGAAACUAAUACAGCAUCCACAUGUCGUCCAAUUGUUUGAGGUGAUGGGGAGCAAAACAAAGAUAUUUAUUGUUUUGGAGUUUGUUACUGGCGGAGAACUUUUUGAUAAAAUUGUAAAUCAUGGACGGAUGAGUGAAAAUGAGGCACGGAGAUAUUUCCAGCAACUUAUAAAUGCUGUUGAUUAUUGUCAUAGCAGGGGUGUUUACCACAGAGAUCUUAAGCCAGAAAAUUUAUUGUUAGAUGCCUACGGGAAUCUUAAAGUGUCUGACUUUGGCUUGAGUGCAUUAUCACAACAAGUUAAGGAUGAUGGCCUGCUUCACACUACUUGUGGAACUCCAAACUAUGUUGCUCCCGAGGUCCUUAAUGAUAGAGGCUACGAUGGUGCAACUGCAGACUUAUGGUCUUGUGGAGUCAUACUCUUCGUACUGCUUGCAGGUUACUUGCCUUUUGAUGAUUCUAAUCUCAUGAACCUUUAUAAAAAGGCGAGCAUUUCUUUUUUACCUUUUCUUUACUUUUUUAAAUUAAAUCCUACUUCUCUUCACAUUUGCAUUGUUCACUUCUAUUAUAUGCAGAUCUCGGCUGCUGAGUUUACUUGUCCUCCAUGGCUUUCUUUAGAUGCCAUGAAAUUGAUAGCCCGAAUUUUGGAUCCCAACCCAAUGACUCGCAUCACUAUACCAGAAAUUUUGGAAGAUGAAUGGUUUAAAAAAGAUUAUAAACCCCCUGUUUUUGAGGAGCAGAAGAUUGCAAACUUGGAUGAUGUAGAAGCUGUCUUUAAAGAUUCAGAAGAACACCAUGUGACAGAGAAGAAGGAAGAACACCCAGCAGCUAUGAAUGCCUUCGAGUUAAUUUCAAUGUCAAAGGGGCUCAACCUGGCAAAUUUAUUUGGUACAGAACAGGAAUUCAAGAGAGAAACAAGGUUCACCUCUAAAUGUUCAGCUAAUGAAAUUGUAAAUAAGAUCGAGGAAGCUGCCAAACCUCUUGGUUUUGAUGUACAAAAGAAAAAUUACAAGAUGAGGCUUGAAAAUGUGAAAGCCGGUCGGAAGGGAAACCUUAAUGUUGCGACAGAGAUUUUGCAAGUCGCGCCUUCUGUCCAUGUGGUUGAGAUGCGAAAAGCAAAGGGAGACACUCUAGAGUUUCACAAGUUCUACAAAAACCUUUCCACCUCUCUGGAGGAUGUUGUUUGGAAGACUGAGGAAGACAUGCAAGAAACAAAGUGAAACUUGAUGCAGGUCCAAUUGUGAAGAACGAAAUGUUGUAAAUGCUCCACGACUAUUGUUUCCUUACGCUCAAGUUCUCAACUCUCGUGUUUGGUUGAUUGUUUUCCGUUUUAUUGUAGGAAAGCAUGGAAAAAGCUCCCAAAAAAAAAAAGAGCUAUGACGAUGUUUUUUAUCGGACAUGGGUUCUCAGUGAUAGCAAGAAAUGUUUGCAAUUCUUUUAGUCAUAUUAUAUGCUUUCAUUAGUGUUUCAAACACAGAAGUGGCUUUCUUAAUGCUCAGCUGUUCUCUUAAA